AAGAAGAAGAAUUAAACAAACAGACGAACAUAAGAAAACUUACAGAUAUCUUGCUGACCUUUCACGACCACGAUGGAGCUCUCGUAUCAGUCUAUGAAAAUCGCCCAUCAAGCCCGGGAGGCAGAUGAGCUGAGGACUGAAAUGAGAAGGAAGAACCUCCUCAUCCUCAUUUACCAAGAGCUGCUUGGGCAGGGCUACAUGGCUGCAGCUUUAGCCUUGGACCAGGAGACUAAUGGAGGUGUCAGAAAGUUCGAGGUUUGUGAUAACAUCGAUCUGAAUAUGGUUCUGACGGAGUAUGAGAGCUAUCACUAUGUCAAGUUCCAGAAAUAUCCCAAGCUUAUUAGAAGAAAAUCUGAACCAGGUCAAGGUCAAUCCAGUGCAAAAAGUGGUACAAAGAAGAGUCCUUGUUCAUCUGUAAAGCCUCUUCCCAAAAUCAGCCAGACCCUGCAGCCUGGAAACAGCGUCAAGAAGACAGCUGCCACUUCACAUACAAAUGAGCAUUGCUCCGCUUUGCCAACAGAGCUGCUAGAGUUUGGUCUCAAUGUUUCCUCAAUUCGAAGUGAAACAGCUGGGGAGACAGCCAUUGGCAGAAAGGUCCAGAUGAGCGAUAGCAAAGGAUUGAUCAAUGACAUUGUCAAAGGAGCAAGCUGUGACUCAGACUACAUGGAAAAGCUGCUGAAGCCCCUCAGUGGUUUUUAUGGAAUGAGUGGAGAGAUGAGAGAACUUGCUGCAAUCAUCAGCAAAGACAUCUAUUUGCACAGCCCUGAUGUGCGCUGGGAGGACAUCAUUGGCCUGGAGGAUGCAAAGCGAUUAGUCAAGGAGGCCGUCGUCUAUCCCAUUAAGUACCCUCAACUAUUUACAGGCAUACUUUCUCCAUGGAAGGGUCUGCUGCUGUACGGCCCCCCAGGUACAGGUAAGACACUGUUGGCCAAGGCCGUGGCUACAGAAUGUAAGACAACCUUCUUUAACAUCUCAGCCUCAAGCAUCGUCAGCAAGUGGAGAGGAGACUCUGAAAAACUGGUCAGGGUUUUGUUUGAGCUGGCCAGAUAUCAUGCCCCAUCCACAAUCUUCCUAGAUGAGUUGGAAUCAGUGAUGAGCCAGAGAGGAGGAGAGCAUGAGGGGAGCCGCAGGAUGAAGACUGAGCUUCUGGUUCGGAUGGAUGGACUUGCAAAGUCUAACGACCUAGUGUUUUUAUUGGCUGCUUCCAACUUGCCUUGGGAACUGGACCAUGCCAUGUUGCGCAGGUUAGAGAAAAGGAUUUUAGUAAGUCUCCCUUCUUCAACAGCGCGCCAAGCCAUGAUUUCUGAUUGGCUUCCUCCUCUUAGCACCACUGGAGGGGUGGAAUUGCGAACUGAGCUGGACUAUGAAACUUUGGCGAAGGAGAUGGACGGUUACUCUGGCUCUGAUAUAAGACUGGUGUGUAAGGAGGCUGCAAUGAGACCAGUUCGCAAGAUUUUUGAUGCUCUUGAGUCACAUCUGGACGGAGAUUCUAACAUGCCUGCCAUCCAGCUGGAAACAGUGACGACAGCUGACCUGCGAGAAGUCAUAAGUCACACCAAACCUUCAGCUCGAAACUUGAUGGACAGAUUUACAGCCUGGGAGAGAGAGUACAUGUCUGUUUAAAGCAACAACAACAACAAAAGACUUUUGCACUGAAAAUCAGAAGAUUUUUCUUCUUAAUGUAUAAGAAUGACAUACUGCUGUUACAAGGUGGUGACCUUAACUUGAUUGUGUAACUUAACCCGUUCAUGCCUUAUAACUUCUGGUGGAUAUUUCACAUCAAUCAAGUUAAACGUUCCUGAACGAGGAUCUGAAAUCGUUGGUACUCUGAGCCACUGCAAUUUUCAAUGUAGUCUUUAUUCAUUUGUUUUAUCUGUACAAUAAGCAUCACAAAGACACACUUGACAGCAGACACCAGCGGCACAUUUUUUUCACACGUCCUACAUUAUAUGAUGCAUUGAAAGUAGUUGUUUAAAGGGUAAAAAAAAGGUAGUAUCUUUUCAAAUAUGCAUUCUUACUUUUGUUUUUGUCAUCUUUAAUUAUAAAGAGGCUUUCAACUUGA